AUUCAGCAGCUUAGCAAGUUAGUGUCGGUCCCAGGGUCCCUACUGGUAACAGCGACCGGGCCCUAACGACUCGCGAUCCACCAGGCCCACCGUGUCGUUUGUUUCCCCUUCAGUUACCGCGAUCGAACGUGGACCGACGCCGGUCGUCGUCCAGGAUGGUGACGGUGCUCGUCGUGCAGGCACUCCUCGCCGUCUUAAUCCUCGCGGACACCAGCUACGCGGAUCCAGCGGGCAAACCGGUCGUCUUCGAGUCCUCGCUGGACGAGCUGGGGGAACAGGACGAUAACGCGGUGGUCAUCGAAGCCGCGGAUCUCUUGGAUGCUGGAACCGAGGGAAGAGGCGGCCGCGGCAUCCUGUGGAAGGGUGGUUCCGAUCGCGAGUUCUGUCUGACGUCGAAAGGCGAGGUUGGUCGUUGCACCAGCUUCAAGGAGUGCUAUCCCUACUUCAAGAUCCCGGAUCUAAGUGCUCUCGACGGCUGGGUUCUUGGAGUUUACGACACCUGCAGCUACGUACAGGAGUGCGGUCAAACGUAUUUUGGCAUCUGUUGCUCGAAUCUGCUUCCGGUUGUUACGCCACCGCCGCCGAGCGACGAGGACCCCAUUGAUCCGAUCAUAGAGGACACGCAGGAGUCGGACGACAAGAAUAAGGAAGUCGUGACCGUAAAACCGAAGCCGCUACUACCCGGUUCAUGGCCGCCGCCGAUCCCGACGCAUCCUCCUGAUCACACCGUGCCUCCGUUACCGACCCAUCCGCCGUACCUCGAUUUAGCGACACUCUCCACGUUGAAACCAGUUUCGACCUCGAAAAAACCGAGCUUAGGCACGACCUGGCCAACGAAGAAACCUGCCUGGUGGCCAGGUGCGCCGACCACAACGCCGAUCACUGAGAAACCAUCGUUGGGAAGCAUUUCCGCCCUGGACCCAUCGCAAUGCGGAGCGAAGAACGGUUUCCAAGACCAGAAACGCAUCGUAGGCGGCCACAACGUCGAGCCCGGCGAGUGGCCUUGGAUGGCGGCGCUCUUCAACGCCGGCAGACAAUUCUGCGGCGGCUCGCUCAUCGAUGAUAAACACAUUCUCACCGCGGCUCAUUGCGUUGCCAAUAUGAAUCCUUGGGACGUGGCAAGAUUAACAGUCCGACUUGGUGAUCACAACAUCAAGACCAACACCGAAAUCAGGCAUAUCGAGCGACGGGUGAAACGGGUGGUCAGACACAGAGGAUUCAAUUUACGUACUUUAUACAACGAUGUCGCGCUCCUGACUCUCAGCGAACCCGUCGCAUUCUCGGAACAGAUACGACCCAUCUGCCUCCCCAGCGGCUCCCAGCUGUACUCUGGGAAAACCGCUACGGUUAUUGGCUGGGGCUCUUUGAGAGAAAGUGGACCACAGCCGGCAAUACUCCAGGAGGUGUCGAUACCAAUUUGGUCAAACGGUGAAUGCAAAUUGAAGUAUGGUGCAGCCGCACCAGGUGGUAUCGUGGACAGCUUCUUGUGCGCAGGCAGAGCUGCGAAGGACUCCUGCUCGGGUGACAGUGGUGGUCCAUUGAUGGUCAACGACGGCCGCUGGACGCAAGUUGGUAUCGUCAGCUGGGGCAUUGGAUGCGGUAAAGGUCAAUAUCCAGGUGUCUACACAAGAGUGACGCACUUCCUGCCCUGGAUCCACAAGAAUUUGAAUGUCGGUCCCAGGGUCCCUACUGGUAACAGCGACCGGGCCCUAACGACUCGCGAUCCACCAGGCCCACCGUGUCGUUUGUUUCCCCUUCAGUUACCGCGAUCGAACGUGGACCGACGCCGGUCGUCGUCCAGGAUGGUGACGGUGCUCGUCGUGCAGGCACUCCUCGCCGUCUUAAUCCUCGCGGACACCAGCUACGCGGAUCCAGCGGGCAAACCGGUCGUCUUCGAGUCCUCGCUGGACGAGCUGGGGGAACAGGACGAUAACGCGGUGGUCAUCGAAGCCGCGGAUCUCUUGGAUGCUGGAACCGAGGGAAGAGGCGGCCGCGGCAUCCUGUGGAAGGGUGGUUCCGAUCGCGAGUUCUGUCUGACGUCGAAAGGCGAGGUUGGUCGUUGCACCAGCUUCAAGGAGUGCUAUCCCUACUUCAAGAUCCCGGAUCUAAGUGCUCUCGACGGCUGGGUUCUUGGAGUUUACGACACCUGCAGCUACGUACAGGAGUGCGGUCAAACGUAUUUUGGCAUCUGUUGCUCGAAUCUGCUUCCGGUUGUUACGCCACCGCCGCCGAGCGACGAGGACCCCAUUGAUCCGAUCAUAGAGGACACGCAGGAGUCGGACGACAAGAAUAAGGAAGUCGUGACCGUAAAACCGAAGCCGCUACUACCCGGUUCAUGGCCGCCGCCGAUCCCGACGCAUCCUCCUGAUCACACCGUGCCUCCGUUACCGACCCAUCCGCCGUACCUCGAUUUAGCGACACUCUCCACGUUGAAACCAGUUUCGACCUCGAAAAAACCGAGCUUAGGCACGACCUGGCCAACGAAGAAACCUGCCUGGUGGCCAGGUGCGCCGACCACAACGCCGAUCACUGAGAAACCAUCGUUGGGAAGCAUUUCCGCCCUGGACCCAUCGCAAUGCGGAGCGAAGAACGGUUUCCAAGACCAGAAACGCAUCGUAGGCGGCCACAACGUCGAGCCCGGCGAGUGGCCUUGGAUGGCGGCGCUCUUCAACGCCGGCAGACAAUUCUGCGGCGGCUCGCUCAUCGAUGAUAAACACAUUCUCACCGCGGCUCAUUGCGUUGCCAAUAUGAAUCCUUGGGACGUGGCAAGAUUAACAGUCCGACUUGGUGAUCACAACAUCAAGACCAACACCGAAAUCAGGCAUAUCGAGCGACGGGUGAAACGGGUGGUCAGACACAGAGGAUUCAAUUUACGUACUUUAUACAACGAUGUCGCGCUCCUGACUCUCAGCGAACCCGUCGCAUUCUCGGAACAGAUACGACCCAUCUGCCUCCCCAGCGGCUCCCAGCUGUACUCUGGGAAAACCGCUACGGUUAUUGGCUGGGGCUCUUUGAGAGAAAGUGGACCACAGCCGGCAAUACUCCAGGAGGUGUCGAUACCAAUUUGGUCAAACGGUGAAUGCAAAUUGAAGUAUGGUGCAGCCGCACCAGGUGGUAUCGUGGACAGCUUCUUGUGCGCAGGCAGAGCUGCGAAGGACUCCUGCUCGGGUGACAGUGGUGGUCCAUUGAUGGUCAACGACGGCCGCUGGACGCAAGUUGGUAUCGUCAGCUGGGGCAUUGGAUGCGGUAAAGGUCAAUAUCCAGGUGUCUACACAAGAGUGACGCACUUCCUGCCCUGGAUCCACAAGAAUUUGAAGUGAAAACGCUCCAAGGAACAUCGAAUUCUUGCUCGAUAAAGUAUUUCGCUCGUUAUCAUUCCGUUCAUCAUCGAACAACGCGGUACAUCGUCAUAUAGGAUAAUGAGGUUUUAUAGACGCACAGACCUAACAGCCCUCGUUCCGUCAGUCAUAAAAAGCUAUCAACGAUGCUUGUUUUAUUCCGCUCUUAUAACCAUGACCAAGCGAGGAAGCAUAGCAAUUAAGUCAGGAAUCUUCACCUAGAGAUAAGCGAACGCACAGAAACUUGUAAGUCGUAACAAAAUAUUUUAUAGUAUUAUACAUUUACAACUAUAUGAAAAAAUUAGUGUUACGUUGUGUAACAA